AUGAUCUCAGGUGAUAUUCCAUGGGACCUCCAGCUUACGACUGAACAUGAGGAUAUUGCCGAGGUAAUAUGGCUGAACUACAAGGCUCAUAUCGCCAAGGGCCCUAAGGCAGACGCUCCGCUACCUCCAUACCCAUUCAUAUUCACAAAGCCCACCGACUCCAUCAAUGGGCCCUUUUCUCCUGUCUACAUUAGCUCCAAGUGCGCCGAUACUAUGGGCUACGAAGGCGAGUUCACACUUGUUCUUGGUCGCGAUUGCAAGGAUGUCAUUGCGGUAGCAGGGGCACUGGAGAGUAUUCUUGAAUACACCGUUGGGAACGAUAUCAGUUGUGGGAAAUGGCAUCGACCGGAUAUCAGUGAUGGCCAGCAUGGGUACGCGAAGAGAUUCGAUGCGUUUGCACUCUUUGGCCCAGUCCUGGUAACCCCGAGCUUGUUACCUAUCAAUUGA